CAAUAUACCUAAGGUCAGUCCGCUAUUCACAGCCAUGCAUCUCAUAGUCAUUCAGACAGCCUGAAAGCAGAGUGCAAUCAAAGGAGAGCGUAGAGAAAGAGAAAAACAAGGUAAAGAAAGGUCCAGCGGAGGAGCUAUGGAGGAGGACAUCAGGAGAAAAGGGAUGCUUUACUUUCAUCAGCAGCGCUUCGGCAAGAGAUGGAGGAAAGUGUGGUGUGUGUUGGUGGCGGAGGGCAGGCGCAGUGUGGCUCGACUGGAGCUUUAUGAGCACAAACACUCCUCCUUCAAACAGGGCACCAACAAACGAAAACCCGAUUACAAACAGGUGAUCCGCCUGCGAGAAUGCAUUCGCAUUUCCAACUGCGACAUGGCGGAUUGUCCGAAAGACUGUGCCGCUUUUCUGCUCGAGACCUCUGACAAACUAUACGUGUUUGCGGGUCUGCAGUCAGAGGUGAAGGACUGGAUCAGCAGUCUCUGUCAGCAGGCCUUUCGUGAUGUGGAGGCUGAGCAAAGAUCACAGAGAGAAAGAUGCGUCUGUUCUGAAGCUCCAGGCACUUCACAUGUCAGAGAAAUGCAGGACAAUUCGCUCUAUGAUACAGCGGAGAACGGUACGAUGAUUUUCUCACACUCACACUACUGCAAAAAAAGAGAUUUUUAUGAUGGUUUAAAAAGCUGUUCACAAAACACAAUAUAUUCCUUUUCUUCUUUCUUUUGUAUUGCAGUUCGAGAUGUUCUGGUCAUAGCAGUAAGCACAGAAGCUGCAGUUCGGUGUGGUCUGUAUGGUGAAUACGUCCUCACUCCUCUACAGGACUGUAUAGUCCUGAAGGAUCUGAAAUCGAAGCAAGUGCUUUUUAAAUGGCCGUACUGCUAUGUAAGGAAGUUUGGACAAGAUACGCUGUCUUUCUCCUUUGAGGCUGGCCGCAGAUGUGAGUCCGGAGAAGGGAAUUUCGAGUUUGCAACCCAUCAGGGUGAAAGACUGUUCAAUGCUGUCAGUGCAGCCAUCCAGAAUCUACCCAGACCAUCCGAAACGAAACCUAUCAGCCUUGACCAAGCAGAACAAACUAGAGCUCAAGAAACCACGGCUGGAACAUACAACGACACCAUAGGAAGUCAACCGUAUGACUUUUUACUUGAGGGCAAGACGCAGAAACCAUCAAAAAUGCUCAACCCAGCUAGAAGGAGCUUUUCUUUGAACUCAAUAGAGCCACAGAUCGAAAGUCAAGAGAUAAGCGACAACUUCAACCCUGAGAAUCAGGAACCAGUCUACGCCAGAGUGUCAAAAACUCAGCAAAAAACCACUUCCCCGACCAACUCUCAAAUGCACUGGCAAAACUUGAGAACAGCUCUCCAGCAGUCUGCGUUUCUAACAGAUGCUUUUAAAAGCGACCCCGAUGUUUUGCCUGAUUUACCAAUUUCUUGGGAUGGCUAUGAAGAGACAGAGAUAUCUGAAGAUUGCAUCGAUUUUUUGGGUGACUCCAUCCAGCAAUUAGCAAUUAAUGACGCAUUGCAGACCACCAGUGAAGAAGCAAUUUAUGCAGAUCCACAGGAUGUCCAGGACGACGCUGAGUGGGAUGUCAGUGGUGUGUACGAUGAACCAGAGGAGGUCAUGAUGGCUAAUCAGAGAGCUCACGAUGGGGCAAAUCACCUAGCCGAGCAGGACAACUUCUACAGUCCUGACACGAGUGAAACACAGGCCACACACUCUCCCUCUGAUCUAGCUGAAAAUUCAGAUGCCAUGUUCUCAAUUUAUGACAAUUUCAGAUUGAAGGGGAAGCGAAUGUAAUAUGGCGCUAUUAUUUCUCAAUCUUGCUAAGUAAUUAAUAGUCAAUUACUUGAACUCUGUCUGUAAAUAUACACUCACUGGCCAGUUUAGGUACAUCUUACUAGUACUGUGAUGGACUCUUUUUGCAUUCAGAAAUGCCUUAAUUCUUUGUGCUUUAAAUCUCCAAUUCCAGCACAUCCUAAAAGUGCUCUAUCAGAUUGAGAUCUGUUGAAUGUGAGGCUAUUGGAGUUUAGUAAACUCAUUGUCGGGUUCAAGAAACCAGUUUGAGAUGAUUUGGGCUUGCUUGAAUUAGC